AUGGCAUCUCCUGAAUCGAGUAAUCCAAAUAUUGAAACCAGUUAUUCAAAUCUUACAAAUCCAUAUUUUCUCAAUUCGAAUGAAAAUCCAGACAACAUCUUGGUUACACAACCAUUGCUUGGAAUGAAGAAUUAUCAUUCUUGGUCCAGGGCUAUGAUCUUAGCUCUCACUGCUAAGAAGAAGAUAGGCUUCAUUAAUGGCAAAAUUGUUGAGUUAGAUUCAGAAUCUCCCUUCUAUGAAGAUUGGUUAAGCUGUAACACGAUGGUGAUUUCAUGGAUGAUAAAUUCCAUGCACGUUGAUGUAUCUAGCAGCAUGAUGUAUUGUCAAACUGCCAGAGAAAUGUGGCUUGAAUUGCAGAAACUUUUCUCACAAGGUAGUGGUCCCAAACUCUACAAUCUUCAGAAAGAGAUCUCUAAUAUAUCACAAAACUAG